GAAAAGUGAAGUCGCCAUUUUACGUUUUUCCAUUGUUUUUCUUGCAGGAGAACGCAAACCACCUUCUCACUUCCAUCCGCAGUAUCUAAGAAACAAAAAUAUCUUCCAGUUUCAUUGCAGCCCACAUCGCCCCGCGAGCGAGCGAGAAUGGCUGCCGCGCUUUUCUUAAGCAACCUUGCGCUUCUUCUACCUGAAGCUUCUUUGUCAUCGAGGAAACGAGAUCCGCCAGCAGCACUGACGGCAACGACGACGGUGGAGCGGCGUCGGCCGGAAGCCGUGGUAUCUAAGUCCUACCUUCCAUCCCUGUUUACCACUACCGGAGGAGAGAUUUCCCACCCACCACCGCCGUCACCACUUCACCGUCGUAAGAAAACUAAGAUGGGUCCCUCCGCCUCCUCUUCUUCCUCUUCUUCACCCCCUUCUGGUGACGGUGGCGGGGGUGAUUGGGAGCAGGAGCUUCUCAACCGGCUCAAGGAGCUGGAGGACAUGAAGGAGCUUGAGAAGCGCGCUGAGGAGCUGCAGAGCUGCGGCGCCCCAGUCACUGCUGAAGAAGAGGGCAAGGGAGGCGGCGAGGACGAGAGCGAGGAGGAGAAGCGCGAGCGCGUCCGUCGUGAGCUCGAGAAGCUGGCCAAGGAGCAGGCGGAGCGGAGGGAGACGGCCAAGCUAAUGUUUGAGCUGGGGCAGAAGGCAUAUGGGAAGGGGAUGUAUUCCAGGGCCAUCGAGUUUUUAGAAGCAGCUCUCACCAUUAUUCCUCGGCCAACACUCUUUGGUGGGGAGAUUCAAAUUUGGCUUGCAAUGGCUUAUGAGGCCAACAAUCGACACAGGGAUUGCAUUGCUCUCUAUCAACAAUUAGAGAAGAAGCACCCUAGUGUUAGUAUCAGACGUCAAGCUGCGGAGCUUCGAUACAUUUUGCAAGCACCAAAGCUCAAGAUUUCUGAGGAUGAGAUGGUUACAAUUCCACUAAUUGGCUCUAGCUAUGACAGAUAUGCCGGAACAUGGAGUGACAAGUACAAGGAUAGGGGCCAGGGAAAAAAGUUCGUUAGCACCACCAACCAACUUCCAUCAUCGAGGGACUUCUUCGGUGACUUCAUGGUGUGGCGACCGCCCGUUGGAUUAGAGAAAAAUCCUGCUUUUUGGACUCUGCUUGCGUUUUGGAUGAGUUUGGUCGGAACUGCCCUUCUGUUGCAGAGAUAAUGUGCCAUUAUGUGAUUAGUCUUUGAGAUUUAAUGCAAAGGCCAUUUGGAUGCCUUGUAGUUUCACCGGCUUGCUUGCAUUGGGCAGGAUUCGUCUAUUGUAAUCUUUAUGGAACUAUUCUAAAUGUUGUAAAUAUGAUUUGGAAUAGCUUCUAAAACGUGUGAUGAUGCACAUUGUGAAAUGUUCGACCUUAG